UGUUGGCAACCUUGGCCCUCUCUUCUUGGGGGAGUGUUGUCUGUAUCGUUGACGUCCGGGGUUGUUUUAUCGAACCUAAGAAGAAACAUUUAUUUCUGAGACAUUUGCUCCACCCCCUGUAAUGUUCGCUCGCAUAGUACUACGUCAUUUCUCCGUCAUUCCUUAGCGGUCUCGUGUCCGUCGGAGACUCCACAGUAUCGGCACUGUAGCAUGACUGGAGCAUGAAGAGCAGCUGCCAUGGCAGAGGGCGGCAGAGAGCCUCGGCCACCGUGCCUCCCACCCAAGACCGCGGCCUUCAACCUGGGCGCACUGGACUUGGGAGGCGGAAGCUCGUCCACGUCCACAAUGUACUCCUUCACCCAAGACUCCUCCAUGCUGAGGCCACCUCCCCUCCCACCUCGUCGGAGCGUCUUCUCCGACAAGUGCAACGGAUCGGGGGACCUUACCUCCAUCCCUCCAGCUCCAACGUCAGCUGCGACUUGGACCAGUUCGGACCUUCUGAAGCUUCUGCGCGCCCCAUCGGGAAGUGACUCGCGGACAAGCAUCAAGUCCAUUGAUGCACUCUUCCUCGAAGACCAUUCCUGGAAACAACAGUCGUCGUCUGUCACCACUACCCGCACCGAGCAUUUCCAGCAACGGCAGCAAACCUGGGUCAGCACUCACCAGCAGAAUCACGUGUUUGUCGGCACUGAGAUGACCCACAGCAAUUCGGCGCCCAACUUCAAUGCCCUCUCGUCCAGUGCAGGCGUCUCCCCAGUCCAUGUACACAACCUCAACUCAGCACUGCCUUCAAAACUGGACAUUGAAAAGACAAUGUUCAGCGUGCUACGGAAGAGGCCGGACAGCAACCUCAUCGACCUGAGUGGAGAUGCAGAGUUGGCGAGGAAGAGAGAGAGUCUCCGCAAGUCUGGCGACUCUCUCGAUGACCUCUUAGACUUGUUUGACCCAUUACGUGAGUUCGAGCUUACCGUCGAGGUUGAAGAAAAAACGCACACUUCGCAGUCUGCGGCUGAGGCUUAUAGAAGCGAACAGACAGAGUGCAAGGCCAGUGCUGCUCCAUCAAGGCCACCACGGCACAGCCCUGUUUCUGCACAGAAAAGGGCUCAAGACAGUCCUCCUCAGGAAGCGGCCCAUUCUGUCGAAGCUCUCCGAAUGCAGAGACACAUACACCGGAUGGAACUCCUUGGCAGUCUGACAGUCGAGAGGCGAGAAGUUACCCAUGGCGACGACAUCGAGGCUUUCUGGGCGAAGGUGAAGCAGCUGAGAAGCGAGUUCACCUACGACGAUCAUCACACCAACGCAGGCCUCGUCAUCAGCCCGACCCUCGAAAACAAGUGGGAAAAGCAUCUGAGCAUCAAGCUGGAAGUCACAACGUCCAUCGCCGAUCGGCCAUUUUGCUUCACAUGCGACGUAGGUACGAGCAUAGAGCACAUCAUCAGCAACACCAUCUGCUCCCUGAGGGACGACCUCUCUGACAUCGCCUUGGAGAAUUACGUUUUGAAAGUGAAGGGCCUUGCGGAGUACCUCACACCAGAUUCAGUCUUGAAAGAGUAUGAGUAUGUUCAUCAGUGCUACAAGUUCAUGAAGCCGGUCUGUCUAACUCUGAUAGAUGUCCGCGACCUCAAGAAGCCCUGGAUGAGGACCCUGAGAGACGACAGCGAGUUUUUGGAGGUGAAGACGAAGGCCUUGCUCUCGCAGCCACCUGGACGAGUUUCCUUUGACUCUGUUUCAAUACUGAUGGAAACCUUCCGAAAGGAAGCCAAGAAGGUUCAGUCUUCGGCGUGUUCCGGGUGCUUGCAGCCUAAUGGUGCAAUCCAAGCUGUGAAGGCUAUUUGUGCCACACUCUCUCAGAUUGAAAUUCUCGAGAUUAUUCAUGCCAUUGAAGGACUGAAGCACAUCUGCAGUCAGGUCCCCGAGGCAGAUGGCUCGAAUGAUGACUUUGCUGCCUCUCAGGAAGCCGGCCGAGGUUCCGUCGUAACACGUGAGCGAGUGGCUGAAGUAGUGUUUUACUCCCUUUUGCAACUGCAGUCGGCACUUCGUACCCUUGUCACAAUUUACUGCCGCAGCUUCCGUGUUGACUUCUGUCUUCCACCAGGGGAAGACGGCCCAGUAAAGAAGCAACAGCGCCCUGUCACCACAUUUCACGACACCUUUCUUUUCAAUGCGGGAAGUGUCCAUCAACUUAGGCCCCAGUGGGUCGCCGAGUAUGACCAGUUCCUACUUUCCUGUGAGCUUCGUUAUGGCUCGCGCGUCAUGUCGGUGGGCGAGACUAAGAAGGUGAAGGCAAGUCGCAACUUGUUUGAGCUGAUUGUCUUCGACGAGUGGCUUGAAAUGAAGGUGUUUAUGAGGAACCUUCCUCGGGAAGCGACCCUCUACAUGGCACUCUACGGCAUCAAGCCCUCUCAGGAAAACAAGUCUGCGGAGCCUCAGGCAUUGGACCGUGUCCUUUUGGCCUGGACUAGUCAGGCACUCUUCAGCAGCCGACUCGAGCUGAUCCAAGGGAGCCUCUUUCUGGGCUUCUGGUCAUCGGAGGUUGACGAGCAGAGUGGCCCUGCCCAAAGCAACGAUGCCUUUUCCUGUCCCAUCCUCCGCGUUCAGUUCCCAGAGUUUGAGUCUGAUGUCAUCUUUCCGCAAGUGGCCAGGGAUGACAUCGUUACUUGCAGGGCCAGCACAUACCCUCUGGACAGCGUCAUGAUUCAAGAAAUCUCCGACAUCCUCGAGAAGGAUCCUCUCUCUGUGCCGACUACCGAGGAUAGGAAAUUCUUCUGGGACCACCGUCACUAUACUCUUGAAAUUCCUCACCUGCUUCCCAAGGUUCUUCUCUCGGCCCACAGCUGGAGUUGGCCUUUCCUCCCGGACAUCUACUUUCUGCUGACCGAGUGGAGGCCAGCGUCCCCCAUCAAUGCACUCACACUGCUGCUUCCUCUCUUCCCCGACACCCAAGUACGACAGACUGCGGUGAAGUGGAUCAAGAACAUCGGCAGCGAUGAGUUGUGCGACCACCUCCCGCAGUUGAUUCAAGCACUCCGGUUCGAGACGUGGGAAGAUGCACCCAUCACCUGGUUUCUCCUGGAACGUUCUCUAACCAGUGUUCGUGUUGCCCACCAGAUGUUCUGGCUGCUCAAGCAGAACAUGGAAAACCCUCUGACGCUCAAGAGAAUGAAGCUCAUCGUUCAGACACUCCUGGUCAUUGUUGGAAAGUCCUUUAGGGAGAUCAUUGAGAAGCAGGAAGAACACCUGAAUCAGCUAUGCAUCAUCGCAGAAGGGGUGAAGGAGACGAGGGAGUCUCUGCGGUUGGACAAGCUUCUUCAAGAGAUGGAGACCAUUCACAACAUGAUGGAAGAGAGUCCAUCAUGCCUUCCUCUGAAUCCAGCCAUGGAAGUGUGUGGUGUCGAUGUCAAGUCCUGCUCAUACUUUACCUCCAACACCCUUCCAUUGAAGGUUGUCUACAGAAGCACCGAGCCUGGAGCAAAGCCGAUCGAAGUUAUCUACAAGGUAGGGGACGACCUUCGCCAAGACAUGCUUACUCUUCAGAUGAUUCGUAUCAUGGACAAGUUCUGGCUGAAGGAAGGGCUCGACCUCAAAAUUAUUACGUUCACGUGUGUCGCCACUGGAAACAGGAAGGGUAUGGUAGAGAUGGUCACAGAAGCCGAGACGCUGAGGAGAAUCCAAACCGAACACGGUCUCACGGGCUCUUUCAAAGACCGCCCCAUUGCGGAGUGGCUGCAGCGACACAACACUUCGGAACUGGAGUAUCAACAGGCGGUAGAAAACUUCACCUACUCAUGUGCCGGUUACUGCGUCGCCACCUACAUCCUCGGCAUCUGCGAUCGGCACAACGACAAUAUCAUGCUGAAAACCUCCGGACACAUGUUUCACAUUGACUUUGGAAAGUUCCUCGGUGAUUCACAGAUGUUUGUCAACUUCAAGCGUGACAGGGCCCCAUUCGUACUUACUUCCGACAUGGUGUACGUGAUCAACGGAGGCGAGAAACCCAGCAAGAAGUUUCAGGUGUUCAUCGACCUGUGUUGUCAGGCAUUCAACAUUGUUCGUCGUAACAGCAACAUAUUUAUGACCCUCUUCGAGCUGAUGGUGACUUCAGGUGUUCCCGGAGUAAGCACCGACGCCGUAAACUUUGUGCAAAAGUCGCUCCUCCUGGGCAGUUCGGAAGGUGAGGCCACUGCUCAUUUUACACGGCUCAUUGAGGAGAGCCUUCGGUCGCGCUUCACCCAGCUCAACUUCUUCAUCCACAACAUCGCCCAGCUUCGCUUCACCGGUGACCACAACGAUGGACUCCUGCUCUCUUUCGUGCCCCGCACGUUCACCAAGGAGUCCGAUGGGAGGAUCGUGUCCCUGACAGUCACCGGCUGCCACAAACGCUACGAACCCGAGAAGCAUUACACUUACUCCGUAAAGAUCACGCGGGAGUCCCAGACAUCCUCCAUUCAUGUCUUCCGGACAUACGCGGAGUUCCUCGAGCUCUACCAGAAGCUGGUGAGAAUGUUCCCCCUUGCCAAGUUCUAUCCACUGUCCAAGGGGUCCUUCGUAGGACGCAGCAACACGCGUGAGGUGGCCGAACGUCGGAAGCAAGACGUCGAGGCCUUCCUCUUGUCCUUGAAGAAGAUGGCCGAAGAGGUGUCACACUGCAGUCUCAUCUACACCUUCUUCCACCCGCUCCUGAGGGACCAAGAAGGGAUGGCGGAGGACGAGACGCUCACCGACAACUUGUGCCAGUUUAGCAAGCGGGUCAACCUGUCGCAGGGGAUUGUGGGUCGCAUCAAGCUGUCCAUCGUCUACAAGGCCGGCAGCCUGUCCGUCAUGGUGAUGCACGCCGAGAACCUUUCGUGCGAGCGCAAGUCGUCACCCGACCCGUACGUCAAGACGUACCUUCUGCCAGACUGGGACAAGUCGACCAAGAAGAAGACGAAAGUGGUCUUCAAGAACAGUCACCCCAGCUUCAUGGAGCUGUUGGUGUACAACUUUCCGCUGGCUGUCGUGCGUAGCAGGAUGCUUGAGGUGUCGGCGUGGGACCACGACAGGGUCCAGGAGAACGAGUUCCUUGGCGCAGCCAUCAUUGAACUGUCCAGGAUGGAUCUGUCCACAGAGACCACUCACUGGUAUCAUCUGAACAAUGUUCGCUACCGGUGGCAGUGACGUAGCAGUGAUGUGUUUGUGUGUGUGAAUGGACAAAGCGAUGCCAAUUUUUUGGGCGUGUGUGCGAGUUGUUAUUGUAUGUCUAAGUUGUGCGAGAUUGCAAGUCUCAGCUCUUGUGGUAUGUGUAUUCGGGGGGAUGUAGUGCGAGAGUGCUCCCAUGUUUCUUGCAUGUGGAGACUGUUGAUAGAAGGAAGUGUACAGUCUAGGACGCUUAGUAUAAUCAUACAUCAUUCUUUCUUAACUUUUAAUGUUUAAUGAGAGAAAGUGGCAGUUAGAAUUUGUUCAGCAUACUCAUUUUCUAUCUGAGCACAACCAUCAGAAAGUGCAGCAGUCUCUUUUUAUCGUGCGGAACUAUACCUUGAAAUAUUUAUUCACGUACACGCGGCCGGCAGUCAUAUAUUUUCCCAGAUGUUGAGACUCUAUCGACAUGUUUAAAUGUCUUAAUUUAGUUUUCUUGUUUGUUUUUAUUGCUUUUUUGUUUUGUUCUUUCUAGAAUAUAGAUGUACUCUAUUUUUGUACCAAUCAGCGUUCACUUUCUUUCUCUUAAUGUUUUCCCUACUUGCUGUCUGUUUACAGUGUCACUCGCAAACAUUGGGUAGCUUUUCUGUAAAUAUUUUCCCGUCUUUAUGCCAUUUAAAAAUGGAUCCCUUAAGGCAACUUUGUUUGACAAGUGUCUGUUUUUCAAUUUUCUGGAAGUUUGAUAUAGCUAUUUUUUUAGAUUGCUUCAAUAUACGUAUUACCUCUUAUUUAUGGCAGCCUCGCUCGCUUCUAUAAAUUUGUUUUGCCUUUUAGUUGAUGCUUUUUGACACUAUAAGGCACCAGACUGGAAGAAAAAAAAUGUCGCAGCCGUAAAUGUAGUAUGGCAAUUCUUGUCAUGCAUAAAAAAUGUGUCUGGUUGUAUAAAUGUUUAAUAUACACAGUUAUUUCUUUAAUUAAAUCUUACUAAGCUUUGUUGUGAUCUAAUUCUAUUUUCUGUGUUUGAUUGCUCUGUCUGCUCAAAUACAUAGAAGAUAUGCAGAACUGUGGCCUGUGCAGCCACAAAACUUGGCCUAUACAUUGUUUUAGUCCAGUUUUCUAGAAAACUAUAGGCCAGAGGUGUUUUCAGUGUGUGUUAGGAUUGGGUGAAUUAGAGCCUGCUGGGUGCCAAGUGCCUUUUCAUAAUAACCCUGGGGCCAAUGUAGGACUUGAUUACUCAUGUCGCUCUCUUUCAUGCAUUCAAUAUGUUUCUAAACGUCUUUUGUAAAGCUCGAUAUCUAAAAAUAAACUUUGUGGUACUACUAGGA